AAUUCUGGUUCUUCAAAGGCAGCUGGACUCAUACCAGGCAUUGCCACAUUUGUAGCACCGUAUGACGGCCAAGUUCGCUUUGUGCCACUGCCUAAUGGAAGAAUUCAAAUCAACGGAACAGUUGCGGGUCUUCCACCGAACGAGACACUUGGAGUCCAUGUGCAUGAGACUGGGGACAUAAGCAACCAUUGUCUUAAUGCUGGUGCACACUGGAGUUUUGUUAAACGUGCCCAACACGGAGGUGAGAAAACUGCGUAUCGACAUGCAGGCGAUCUCGGAAAUAUGCAAACAGAUUCUGAGGGUGUCAUGCAAUUCAACCUGGACUAUUUGCCCGUUUACAACGACCCUUCGCAUGGCUUCAUCGGUCUAGUUCUGGCCAUCACGGAUCAUGAGGACGAUCUUGGUUUGGGCCGCAAUGCGGAAAGUCUGAAAAGUGGAAAUUCUGGAACACCUUUGACCUGUGCAGUAAUCGGUAGAGCCAAGGCUGAGAAAUAA